AUGACUCGCAACAAGGAUCGCCUCUACCUCGCCCUAUACUCGCGAGAUGUUAGCCCGCGUCUGCCGGGCGGCGAGGACGCAUACCACUGGGCCUUCAACAUCGGGCCCAAGCUCGUCAACGACGACAGCCUCGGCCUGCGCAUCCACGUGCGCGAGAGCCUACUCCUGAGCCCGGCGGCCGACGAGGGCGGCGACGAGACCACGCUGACGCCGUCGGGCGCGUCCGCCUCGCAGGCUGCCAAUCCGGACGCGGCUCCGGCGCCGGGGAAUACUCUGCGGUGGGAGCUGAAGUACGAGGAGGUGCCGAUCACGUGGACGCUGGGGCCGGGGUCGCUGAUGGUGCGGGUGCUGGUGGGCAAGGUGCGCAGCGGGGAGCGGCUGCGGGAGGUGCUGGCGGGGGUGCCGGUGCCGGCGCCGGCGGCGGUGGGCGACGACGCGGGCGACCCCGGGCGGAGCUGCGUGGCGUGGACGGCGGCGGCGCUGGGCGCGGCGCUGGCGGACGGCCGCGCGCUCGGCCGCUCCAUCGGCGCCGCCGCCGGCUGGCCCGCCGCCCGCGACCGCGCCAUGUGGUACGCCGGCGCCAAGCGCGCCCAGCGCCGCUCCACCGGCUGGGCCGCCUUCGCCCCCGCCAGCAUCCCCACCUGGGACAUGCUCGCCGGCACCGAGGUGGUGGGGUAG